AUCUACGCAUUAGCAGCAUUGGCAAUAAUUUUUAUAUAUUUCAAAUAUGUAUAUGUGAAUGAUGUAGCAAAUUCAACUGAAACCACCCCGAAAGUAUUCAAACAAAGUGAACGAAGGGUUGAAAGCAUUUCUAAUAGAAAUCACGAAAGUUUAGCAGCGCAAUUGAGGCGUGAAGUACGCGUACUCUGCUGGAUUAUGACCACACCCGCAAACCACAAAACCAAAGCCAUACAUGUACGUCGAACGUGGGGUAAACGUUGCAAUCGUUUAAUAUUUGUCACCUCCGAGGAAGACAUCGAUUUGGGCGAGACAUUUGUCCUACAUAAUUUCACGGAUACAUAUAAUGCUUUAUGGACGAAAACAAGAAGAGCAUUCAAGUAUGUUUACGAAAAGUAUGCAAAUGAGAUGGAUUGGUUCCUCAAGGCCGAUGAUGAUACUUUUGUUUUUGUUGAGAAUCUACGUCAUCUCCUCUACACAUACAGCCCGGAAAUGCCCAUCUAUUUCGGCCACGAUUUUAAAUUUAUCUUCAGCGACAACAAACACUAUAUGUCCGGUGGUGCAGGCUACGUGCUAAGUCGCGAGGCGCUUCACCGUCUCAAUAGAGCGGCAUUGGCGAAUAGUGAUAUAUGCCCACCGGAAGACACAUCUUUACCCGAAGACUGGGGAAUGGGGAAAUGUUUGCAUGCCGUUGAUGUGCUGGCUGGAGAUUCACGUGAUGCUCACAAUGAACUGCGCUUUGCGCCCUUUAAUCCUUACGGUCUGUUAAUAGCAGACUACGUGGAAGAAGAUAUUUGGUAUCCGACGAUGACGUUCUAUCAUCCACGUUUGUGUCAAAACUGUCUAUCGAAGCACGCUAUUUCCUUUCACUACAUGAAGGCGGACUAUAUGUAUUUGAGUGAUUUCUUUCUUUACCAAUUCGAAUUGUAUAACUCACGAGAUGAGCCGGAAGUUUUACAGCAAAAGCUACGUUGGGAAGAGAUAAAAUUUCUGAAAUCGUUUAAUGUCUGGAAUAUAACGUCGAAUCAAAUAUACAAAGAUAGUUGAUUUCAGUGAAUCAAAUUAAAAUACCGUUAACAGAAUUACAAUACUAUUGUAGA